AGAAGAAGAAGAAGAACUCAAACGCUCUGCAACCAGCCAGACUGGGUCCAAAUGUGGUAGUCGGGGGUCACCGUUGAAACACUUCACAGGUUGAGAGUCUGUUUCAAAGCACUUAGUCGUAUUCUGUGUGUACAACCAGGGGGUCGGGACUUAGGAGCAAACAUGGCGGCUACGGAAACUGGCGAUGGACACCAACGUCUGGCCACCAAUCAAGUCCCGUCUGUCCAAGUCGCUGGCGCGGUAACAAAGGAGGCCGACGGAGAGUCCAUGGAGGCAGCUUCAGAGCCAGCAGCGUCGGAGGAUGUUGGAGACCCAGAGCCUGUUACCGGGUCUUCCCAUAAACUUUCUGAGCAGGAAGAGGAGGAUGAGGUUGUUGCUGCUAAACAAGAAACAGAAAACACAGAAACACAACAGAAAGAAACUGAUCCUGAGGAGGCGGCGUCCAGAUCUCCAUCUCAGGCCGCAGAAGAGACGAUCAACACGGUUACAGUUCACAGUGGCGGCGAGUCGGAGUCUGAAAAAGAGGGCGUCGAAGUGAAAACUGAGUUUGAGGAAAAGGAAGAAAACACGGUAGCGCAGGACAGCAGCUCAGGGGAAAGUGUAGCGAAGCCGAAAGUCAACGAGGACACGAACAUGGACACGACUUCUGAUUCCAGAGAGGAGGUAAAGCACAGUGAUGGAGAUGUGGACUCUAAGGAGGACAGAACACGGCAGCAGAAGGAGGCUGGUGGCUGUAAGCUGAGGGUUUCUACAGCAGACGACCUGGAUGAGAUGAUGGACAUCGGUACGGUGGACCAGGUGGAGCAGGAGGCUCAGAUGAAAGAGGAGGAAGAGCUGAUGGACAUGGAGAGCAGCCGAUCGCCCUCCGCAUCUAAUACAGUGUUGAUGACUGAGGACGGUAAGUCUGUCGAGGAGGAAGCUGAUGUGAAACCAACGGCUUUAGACUUGAUGCAGUCCAGCUCGUCUCCGUCAUCUGAAGCCACAGCAAGUACAGGCAGAGACAGCUCGUCGCCGGCGACCAUGUUGAACGGGAUGAAAGUGGUCAAACUUUCAGUACCGCGAUUAGACAUUCAGAGGUUGCGCUCUGCAGUCCAGAUGACCAAGUCGUCCUCAUCGCCGCCUCUGGUCAAAGUGAAGGACGAGCCGGUGGACGAGGAGUACGAGCAGGCGCUGAUAUCCUCGACGUCCACGGCGAGCGUGAAAGACGAGCCUUCAAAGGAGGACUUGAGGAUCGGUUCCGUCUUCUCUGUAACGUCUGAAGCUCAGUCGCUGCCCGUCAUCAACCCGUCGUCUCUGCACAUGUCCUGCUCCCACUGCAAGAAGAACCUGAUCAAAGGACAGACGGCGUUCCAGAGGAAAGGCUCUCCGGCGCUGUUCUGCUCCACCAACUGCCUCACCACAUCGCUUCCUGCUAUCAAAGGACCCACCAAGAUCUGCCACAACUGCCAAAAGUUGAUUUUUCGGCCUCAGGAUGUCAUUCUGGCUCCAGAUGCUAAAGGAGCCAUGAAGGAUUUCUGCAGCCAGAACUGUCUGACUUCCUUCAACUACAAGAAAAGCGCCUGCAACUACAGAAAGUCCGCCGUCUCCAUUAAAGCGCCGCCGCCGAUAGCGCCACCGUCUCUCUGCAGCAUGUGCACCAGAUACUGUGUAAGCAAACAUGAGGUGAUCCUGAGCGGCGCCGUCCACAAGAUCUGCAGCGACGCCUGCUUUAACCGCUUCCGAACCGUCAACAACCUGUCGAUGGCCGGCUGCGGUAACUGCGGAUCGUACUGCCACAGCAAACCGCUGCUGCUCAAGAUGGAGGAGGUCAACAAAACCGUGUGCAACACUGAGUGCUUGGCCAAAUACAAAGAGAAAACCAAGAUCCCCCAGCCGUGUACCAUGUGCCGCACCACCCGGUUGCUCGCUGAGAUGGUGGACAACAAAAACAGCGACGACUCGGUGAACCUCUUCUGUAGCAGCAGCUGUGUGAUGGCGUUUAAAGUCCAGACUGUCAGUGCUUCAGGUGCUCGGUUGAAUUGUGAUAACUGCGGAAAAAACACUGUGCCGGCAUAUCACCUGGCCAUGUCGGAUACGUCCAUCAGGAACUUCUGCACUCUGCCGUGUGUCAUGUCUUUUCAGGAAAAGUUCAAAAAGUCCCAGAAACAGGUGAACGUUUUCACAAAGCUGCCGAUAGGAUCGACCCAAAUCCAGGCCGUCACUCCCCCACAACCACAGAUCGAGGUCAAAGGAUCGCACAGGCUGAACUGCUUCCAGUGUAGCCGCAUCAUCACCUUCAAACCGGAACUCAUCCAGAUUAAGGACAAGAUGGUUUUUCUGUGCUCUGUGGACUGUUCGCACGAGUUCAAGAAGGCCAAUUACGUGGCGAGCCUGUGUGAGUACUGCAAGAUCGAAAAGAUCACCAGAGACGUGAAGAGAAUCAACAACAAAGACUGUUACUUCUGCAGCGACGGCUGCAAACUCCUCUUCAGACACGACUUGAGUAAAAACUGGGGGAAAUACUGUCACUCCUGCGUUUACUGCCACUGCGUCUCCAAGAAGCUGGUGACUGCUCAGUACGGAGGCUCGACGGAGGAGUUCUGCUCCGAGGAGUGCAGGUCCAAGUACACCAUGCUCUUCUGCCAUGUGGCAAAGUGUGACACCUGCGGCCGUAAAGGGAAACUAAAGCAGAGUCUCCCUUUGCUCGGAGAAGUCAAACACUUCUGUGACCUGAGCUGUCUGCUGCAGUUCUGCUGCAAUAAAGCGGCAACUCAGGGAGAAAUCACAAAAGGCGGUACAGGGGAGCCCACACCUGUUAUCGCCAACGUCAUCUCGCUAGCAGGCCCUCCGACGGGGAAAUCUAACGCGUCCGACAGAACAGCCCAGCAAAGCACAGCGUCCAACUACGAGUUGAGGAGCUCUGCACAGAUCACCCUUCAGACAGAAACAGCGAAGGUUCACCCUCCUCCUGCCCCCAAAAUCCUGAAGAACAAGGCUCUUCUCUGCAGGCCGCUGGUGCAGAACAAAGGAGUUUCCUGCAAAACACAGACGGCUGAUGUUGAGGCACAAACAGACGAAGCUUAUCCAAAAAUCAUGGUGCUGCCAGUUCCAGUGCCGGUGUACGUUCCUGUUCCCAUGAACAUGUACAGCCAGUGUGCCCCCAAACCUGUGGGUCUGCCGUUACCUCUGCCGGUGCCGAUGUUUCUUCCCGUGACGAUGGACAGCGCUGAGCGCAUCGUGGAAACCAUCCAGGAGAUCAAACAGAAGAUCCCGUCUGACCCGUACGAGGCAGAACUCAUCCUCAUGGCCGAGAUGGUGGCGGAGCAGGACGAGAAGAACGACAAGCAGGAGACGACAACGGAAAAAGUGGUGGAGAAAGAAUCGGAGCGACAAGAAGCUCCUGCACCAGAUGACCACGUCAGUAACUACAGUGACGACUUGGAUACAGACGAUUUGGCCAGUUUCCUAAACAACUGGGAGGACGCCUCCUCUGACGCAGGCCUCAAGUUACCUGGUCGACCGUACACAGCCGAGAGGCUCAACUCCACUUUAGACGUACCUGUGAGCAUGCCCAGUGAGCCUCCCCCUGAGCCCAAACCUGCAGGACCACCUGCCAUGGACAUCGAGUCGGACUUCACUGUCGAAACCCUGGAGAAGAUGGCCCGGCUCAGAGAGCAGUCCCGCAAACCUCCCCCUCCUCCUCCUCCUCCUGUUAAUACGCGAAGACGACAAGUUCACAGAAAAGCCAGAGAAAAGAGGGGUCGUAAGCCUCAGCGGUCGUCCAAAGCCGCUGAAUCGACUUCUCAAAAAGCCUCAUCGAAGAAAUCUGUGGCUGCAGAGAUCCCCAGACUGAAGAGUCAGUACGGAGUCGACGCUUGGAAGAGAUGGAUCCAGUGGAGGCAAACUCAGCCCAACCUGGAAAAGCCACGUUUCGGCUCUCGUCCUCUGGAGUUGAAGGAGGACGUCCUUCGCUGCACCACCGCUGAGCUCAGCUACGGCCUCUGUUGCUUCAUCACCGAGGUGAAGCGACCAAACGGAGAGCCCUACUCCUCCGACAGUCUGUUCUACCUCUGCCUCGGCAUCCAACAGUAUCUGUUUGAGAACGGUCGUGUGGAGAACAUAUUCAUGGAUCGCUUCUACAGCAAAUUCUCCAACGAGUUCACCGACAUGCUAAGAGGUUUCAAACCUUCGAUCACGGACGGUGGUUACAUCCACUCUCGUGUGGAGGAGGAGUUUCUGUGGGACUGUAAACAGCUGGGAGCUUAUUCCCCCAUCGUCCUCCUCAACACCCUGCUCUUCUUCUGCUGCAAAUACUUUGGCUUUACUACAGUGGAGCAGCAUCGCCAGCUAUCCUUUGCACACGUCAUGCGCUGCACCAAAACCAAUCCGAACAACACCAAGACCACCUUCCUGCGCUUCUAUCCGCCCAUAUCUCUAAACGAGGCUGAGUCAGAUUUGGAAGCUAUUCAAGCAAAGAGGCGUAAGGAGGAGGAAAGUAAAGAGGACAUCUUGGAGAUGAUAGAGAACACGGAGAACCCUCUUCGCUGUCCGGUCAGACUCUAUGAGUUCUACCUCUCCAAGUGCUCGGAGUCGGUGAAGCAGCGCACCAACAUGUUCUACCUUCACCCGGAGCGCUGCUGCGUCCCCAACAGCCCGCUGUGGUUCUCGUCCACGCCACUGGACGACAGCACCAUGGAAGCCAUGCUGAUCCGCAUCCUCACUGUCAGAGAGCUGCAUCUCAAGGCAAAGAAGGGUGGAGGGACGGAACAGACGCCCAACGACCCACCGUUUAUACCUGACGAGGAGGACGAGGAUUCAGAGUGAUGAGGAGCAAUGAGAACAGAAGUGACCUUUUACUGGUGUUGCAGCUAGUGGUGUAAAUGUUUGUAAAAUAACUGAAAUGUUCGUUGAAACAUGGCCUAAUAAGCAUAAAUGGACUGAAUAAUACUUCCUAAACCACACGUUGAUCAGGAUUUUAGAUCCUCAGACGCACAAUACGAUUCAGCUCCGCAUUCAGACUGUUCACUGCUGCUCAGCAGGACACUCGGCUGUCCUCCUGUGUUUUGUUGUUGCUUCUCACUGAUAACGCUUAUCUUGUUUCCUUCCAUGUGUUAUGAUUCCUAAUCAUUCAGUGCACAUUGGAGCGAUGGAGGUCCAGAGUGAAGAGCUUCAUUGAGUUACAUGUUGAUUACUGUUGUUUUUCGUAAACAUCCGCCCCAGAAGACAAACUGAAAACAUGUCGCUGUGAUCUAGAUGUAAGUCAUUAACCAUCACAUCAAGUCGCCAUCCUGCAGACUGUUUCCAGACUCAGUACUGGAAACAGCACAGUUGUUUUACCCCAAGGAUUGUUUUAAUGUCAUUGUCAGACAUUUAGGGAAUCUCCAAGUGAAUUUAAGCACAUUUAAGAAAAUAAUUCUUAAAAAUCCUUUAAAAAUCAUUAAUACCAAAGUAUGACAUGACGAUGUGUUCUUUAUACCUUCUCAUGAUUAGAUUGAUUUUCCAGAGGCCUUUACAGCUCAUGAUGUAGAAGAUGUGUAUGAUUCACACUUGGAGGAUUUGGUCACUUGACGGAGUUUGUCAUUUAAGCUUAAUUUGUGUGUGUGUCUUUUUUUUUUUUAAUGCUCUCCAGAAAUAGACAAAUUUACAUAACUUGUGCCCAAUUUAUGGCAUCAAAAACUGUGAUAUGACUGUUGAAAAAGGUUCUUGACUUUCAUGCAAUUUGAAAAAAAAGAUCCACAGUUUCAAGCUGAAUUUUGAGUUCAUUUUUGGAAUGAUAUUUCAAAGUGGCCUCUGAGAAAUUCACUUUUUGCCUACCAAACCACAGCAUCAUUAAAACGGAUAAAUUAACAUCACAGGCAUCCAUUUGAUGGGAUUAAAAAUGUAUUUGAACACAUUAAAGAUAAUUCUGUUGCUGUUAAGAAGGCUCACAGCUUUCAUGCAAUCUGAAAGAACAUCAUUUUUGAGUUUUGAUUUCAUUUUUGACCUGCUGUUUCAUCCUUGGUAUUUUGAAAGGCGUGAACUGUUUGCAUCAUGAAACCAGUAUCAUUUAAAUGGACAAAUUUCCACUACUGGUGUCUAAUUGAGAUUUGAAAAUGCAUUUGGAAUUUCAAUGAAUGCUUUCAAGAAAACUGUUGAUUUCAAUGAGGCUGUUUAAGCACACUCAUGACUUUCAAGCAAUCUGGAAAAAAACACUACUUUUCUGAUUUUUUUUUUAGUUCAUUUUGGGCAUAGUAUUUCAUCCAAGGAGUCCUCGGGAGAAUUAACUUUUUGCACACCAAACCGCAGUACCAUUUAAAGGAAAAAUUCACAUCACCGACAUCUAUUAAUGGGAUUGAAAAUGUGUUUCACUAUAUUUGAGAAGAUUCUGGUUUUGAAUUGAACUUAUUGCUGUUUAAGAAGGCAAUAUAGGGAAAAAACACUAAGUUGUGUAAUUAUCUGUCAGAGUUUUGAGUUCAUUUUGGGAUUAUUGUUUCAUCCUUAGCAUCUUCACGUGACUUUUUUUUUCCAAAAUAAACCCUGAUAUCAUUUGAAUGGAUGAAUUUACAUCUCUGGCAUUCAUUUGAUUAGAUUAAAAAGUGUUUCGAGGUACGUGAAUGCAUUUAAGAAGACUGGAUAUUGCUGUUUAGGAAGGCUCAUGACUUUCAACCAACCUGGGGAAGAAAAAAAAAUCAACUUUUUACAUUUUUUUUUUCUUUUCAGAAUUUGGAGUUUAUUUCAUCCAAAGCAUGUUCUAUGAGAGAUUAACUUUUUACGAAACAAACCAUUUAAACUUCAAUUUUUGAUAUAAUUUAAAUGAGCAAAUUCACAUCUUCAGCAUCAAGUUCACUGGAUAAAAAGUGUUUGGAAAUGAUUUGAAUGUCGCUGAUGCUGCUGUUUCAGAAGGCUCUUGACUUCUGUGUGGUCAGGAAAAAAACAACACUUUUCUGUCUGGGUUUAAUUUUUGGGACGCUGUUUUAUCCUUCGUGUCCUCUCAAAUUAACGGUUUGCACCAUGACCCCUUGUAUCAUUUAAAAAACAAUAAAAGCAGUCCCUUCAUGUAUAUCUUGUUUAUUUCAACCCCAGCUCUUUGAGUCUGGCUGCCAAGGUUGUCUGAGUGUUUUCUAUUGUAUGUUCCUUUUGAAUAAUAAAAAAAAAACUAGUCAAAA